AUUGGUAUGUAUCCUUUCCUAUCUGCAUGCUAGGCGAUUUGGCCGCAACGCAAGGAACACAGUUAGCGAUGAGGUCUUCAUCAUGUAUCGAGAAUUGAAUGCUGGCGGAGAGGUGCACGGAUUUCUGAAGAUCUCUCUCUACGGUGGUCUCCUAAUCCGCUGGGAAUCCUUUCCGAAAUAGGGCUUCCCAUUGUGUCGGAUGAGUUACUUGUAGAGUUCUGAUGUAGAUGUCCUUCUCCUAAUGUCGUCCACCAAUGGGAAAAUGGUUGUUGGAGACAUCCAACAACAGUAGUGAGUGUCAAGUGCUCCUUAGAAUCAGCACUUCAACAUCGGCCAAUGUCACUCGAAUCUUUUCUGAUUGCUUGCCAAAAGGGACGGACGUGAGCUUGCGCAGUACGCACUGAAAGAGGCCGGUAGACCCGUCCAGCCGCGGUCUUUCGGCAUUCUCAUGAAACGUCGACCCACAACCUUGUACAGAAUGAAACCUAUUCUAGUGGUAUUCGGACUUCGAUGAUCAAUCCGGCCUAGGGCAGGAUGUAUCGCUUACAGCAACACUCGCAUGAUUGGACAUCAGGUAGGCCGGUAUUCACCACAUGUCCCGUGGGCAAGACUCGUGUUGGACAGGAACUAAUACAGGUACCGAAAACCAUGGCAUUCUUCGGCGGCAUGCGUCCAUUCAAAUACUUGCUUCCAUGCAAUAGGGUGCUAUAGAUCCCUCCAUCCAUUUUAACCAAUCUCCUCUCAUACCCAUUGUCUCCAUCAUGCCUGUGGUCACCAACGGCCGUGUCAUCUAUCUUGGUCACCCAGAGGGUAUCUAUCAACCUGGAGUGCACACCAAAUACGUCGAAGAACAACUUGACACUGAUGCCGUUCCCCUCAAUGGCGGUAUCCUGGUGAAGUUGCUUGCUAUUAGCAGCGACCCCUACAUGCGCCACAGAAUGCGAGAUCCCACUAUCAAAAUGUUCGCCCCACCUGUUACGGUCGGCGAGCCAAUAGACAACUUCUCCGUCGCGAAGGUCGUUCGCAGUGAAGAUUCUGCCUACUCGCCUGGUGACUAUGUGAUUGGUUACUUCAGCUUCGAGCAUUACUCUGUCCAUCCUGGACACAUCAAACACGAAUUCAAGCACUGCGUUAAAGUACCCAAGAUUCCCGGGUUGCCCUUGUCGGCCUUUGUCGGCAUCCUCGGUCUCACAGGAAGGACUGCCUUCACCGGAUGGCAUCUAUAUGCCAAGAAGAAGGCGGAGACAAGCAAAACCCUCUUUGUUAGUGGAGGAGCAGGUGCUGUUGGCACUUGGUUGAUCGAGUAUGUCAAGGCCAUCCACCCGCAUCUCAAGAUCAUUGCUUCAGCUGGAACAAAACCGAAGGUGGACCUCCUGAAGUCUCUCGGCACUGAUGUAGCCUUCAACUACAAGGAGGAGAACGCCGAGAAGAUCCUUGCUGAGCACGGUCCCAUCGAUAUCUAUUGGGAUAACGUGUCUGGAGCUCAGACCGACGCAGCACUGGUCAACAUGAGCAUGUUUGGCCUCAUUCUUGCUUGUGGCGCUAUCGCUGGUUUGAACAAGGAGGAUGAAGGCAUCGUCCGGCACUUUGAGAAGAUCUUUGAGCGUUAUCUGACAGUGCAAGGUUUCCUGUUCCGAACUGGCCCCGAUGCCGAACGGGCCUUCAACGAGUUCGACCAGGAAGUUUUCCCCCUUCUUCAAGCUGGAAAGAUCCAGAACCGCGAGCACCGUUUCAUCGGUCUUCAGAACUCGGAGAAAGCUCUUUUGGCCGUUCAUACAGGCGAGAACUUUGGCAAGGCUGUCAUCAUUGUCGACGAAGAGGGUGGCGAAGCAUGAGAAAUCUAGAGGAAGUCGCCAAUUGGACUUUGUUGUAGUUCUAUCUGUAGCAUUUGGGAAGGCGAGAAAUAUCAGUUGUACGAUUCUGAAUUGUCUGCUCUUGGGGCUCAUGGCUCGGUCAAAGGCAGAAGUGGAUCAAUUAUUAUAACACU